AGGGACCAAUUUAAUUCACAAGGAUUCUCCCAGGCACCUGGCAGAUGGUAUCAAAGCUGAGGCUAAGGGAAUGCGUUAUAACAGAUCGUUUGAUACGUUCAGAAGAGAAUUUGAGCUUGUAGAUGUCUGCUAUUUCUGCAAGAAAGGUGUUGAGGCAAUUUGUGAUGAUGAAGUUACAAAGAGAUUUUCUGCAGAGGAAUUGGGAUCUUGGAAUCUGUUGACUAGGACAAGUAUGAGAUACCAAUAUUUAAGUUUACGUCUGACAGUGCUUUGGUUCAUUGGAGGCCUUUUCCGGUACUGCUUCUUGCUCCCUCUGAGAUUAGCAGUCCUGUCCAUAGCGAUCACAUAUCUAGUGGUUUCAGGAGCUUUCUUGGGCUACUUUCCAAAUUGGAAAAUCAAGAAAGUUUUGAAUAAGUACAUCAGCUUGACAGUCUACAGGAUAGCAUGUAGGAGUUUCUCAGCCCUCAUCACAUAUCAUAAUAAGGAGAAUCGAGCUGAAGGAGGGGGAAUCUGUGUAGCCAAUCACACCUCACCGAUAGAUGUUCUUAUCUUGUCAAGUGACAACUGUUAUGCUUUUAUUGGUCAGAAGCACACCAAGUUCUUAGGUAUCAUUCAACAAGCCAUGAGCUGGUCUGGUAUGGAUCAUAUCUGGUUUGAAAGAUCGGAGAUGAGGGACAGGAAAAAGGUUACGCAAACGUUAAAAGAACAUGUAGAGGAUUCAUCUAAAAUGCCUAUGCUGAUUUUCCCAGAAGGAACCUGUAUCAACAACACAUCAGUUAUGAUGUUCAAAAAAGGGAGCUUUGAAAUUGGUGGCCGGAUAUACCCAGCUGCAAUAAAGUAUGAUCCUCGGUUUGGAGAUGCCUUCUGGAACAGCUCUCGGUAUUCCAUGGUUCGUUACCUGCUGAUGAUGAUGACCAGUUGGGCUCUGGUUGUUGAUGUUUGGUACCUACCACCAAUGGAUAGAUUAGAGAACGAGUCUGCAGUUGACUUUGCUAACAGGGUAAAGGCAGCAAUUGCCAAGCAAGGAGGGUUGCUAGACCUUGUCUGGGAUGGACAGUUGAAGAGGAUGAGCGUCAAGCAAGAGUAUCGUGAGAAAGAACAGGAGGAGUACAGUAAGCUUCUCAAGGCAGAUUAGACCAGAAUUACACCAUUAACACGGGCUCAGGACCUUACCAUUGGACCUGCCAUUAAUCUGGCACUGGAAUUACAUUUGGACCUGCAGUGGAUUGCGUCCAGGUCUACUAUGAUCCUGGUUCAGGAAUUAUUGCUCUUUCGUAAGUUAGGUCCCAGAAUGUAUUGUUCUACUGCAGGAUUGGUCCAGGACUUCUCAUUGGUCUACUCCCAAUCUAAGUAUCAUCUGGUGGGUGUUUCGUAAAGCUGUUCGUAAGUUAAGAACGACUGGUGAUCCUUUCUUUUGGUAAACGUUAUACACCAUUUGCGAUGGUUUAGCGUGUAAGAAAGGUUCAUCAGUCGUUCUUAAAGUCGCUCUUAUCUUACGAACAGCUUUAUGAAACGGUCCCCUGGUCCAGGAUUUAGCUAGUGUCUGAUGUGUCACAAGACUAGGUCUGUGCUCUGGUUCUGCCCACAGCAUAUUAGUGGUCCACUUUGAGUCGUGUCUUCUCUUAUAGUCUGUGGAGGAAGCUUUACUUUUGAUGAAUGUUAAUCUAUGGUCUCAACUAUGAUCAGUUCUUGGGAUGGUGAAACUGAGUCUAUGAUAUAAAUGUAACUGUCACUGAAAUCUAGGAAAGCAGCAACUCUUAAUACUUAAAGGACAAGUCCACCCCAACAAAAAGUUGAUUUGAAUAAAAAGAGAAAAAUCCAACAAGCAUAACACUGAAAAUUUUAUCAAAAUCGGAUGUAAAAUAAGAAAGUUAUGACAUUUUAAAGUUUCGCUUAAUUUCACAAAACAGUUAUAUGCACAUCCUGGCUGGUAUGCAAAUGAGGAGACUAUGACGUCAUCCACUCACUAUUUCUUUUGUAUUUUAUUAUAUGAAAUUUCUAAUUUUCUCCUCAUUGUCAAGUGAUACGACGAUUAAUUCUUCCCUUAACAUGUGGAAUUAGCAUUGUUUAAUACUAUAUGCUUCAGUCAAGUUGGUCCUUAUUGUCAAAUCUAUAAAAAAUGAAAUAUUGUAUAAUUCAAACAAUAAAAACAAAAGAAAUAGUGAGUGAUGGACAUCAUCGACUGAGUCAUCGAGUUGUGCAUAUCACUGUUAUGUGAAAAAUAAGCGAAACUUUAAAAUGACAUAACUUUCUUAUUUUACAUCCGAUUUUGAUGAAAUUUUCAGCACUAUGCUAGUUUGAUUUUUCUCUAUUUAUUCAAGUCAGCAUUUGCCUUGGGUUGACUUGACCUUUAAAUAUCUGAUCUAAUCUUUAGAAAUUUUGCUAUUUUCAUCCAUUUCAACUCUGAUAUGAUUUGGGUUAUUCCUAUCUCUUCAUAUUUGGAUUCAGAGAAAACUGCUUUCAUCACAUUUUGUGAAAGUAACAAAUGAGAUUCCAGUUUUCCCUUUUUGUUCUGUAUCUGUAUACGCAGAACUGAAUAUAUAUAUUGAAUCUAAUAUACUAUAAAGUGAUUUCACAAAAAUUAUAUGAUUUGUUUGUUGAUUAUAUGAAAGGUAAAGGGUUGAUUAAAUGAAAGGAGUGUGGGUUAUUUGAAAUGGAAUAAAUACAUAAUGAAUUUAUUACUGUGGUUGGUUUGUUACAGGAAAACAUCUUUUAUUUGAGAAAGGAAAUACAGUCCCAAUAAAGAUGAAAAUAUAGAGGUUCAGAAAAUACAGUUUAUGAAAAGAUGGCCACCAUCUUUGUAGUAUUAUAUUCUUGUAUUUAAAUCUGAAAGGUACUAAAUCCAUUUCAUUGAAAAUUAUGAGUGAUGUCAAAGAGCGGUUUUCAUAUGUGUCUUAAUCUGAACAAAAGCAUUAUCUUAAUUGUUAGAUUUUGAUUUGAUUUUUGAUAUGAUUUAUUGUUUCACAUUACACCAAAAUACAUACAUCUUGAACAAAUAAAAACAUAAUGAAAAAAUAAUUACAUUCACUGUUUAACAAAGUAAUUGAAUUGAUUAUGAAUGAAAAGGAAUGAUCCUUACAAUACAUGUACCACUUUUCCCCCAACAAGAACAGUUUUCCGUCAUAAGCCCAAAUCGGAAAUUUGGGUCAGUCUUUUUUUUCUUCUUUUUUUUAUACCAUCUCUUCUGCGCUGCACAAAGAAAAUCAUGCACGUGAUGCAGUCAAAGAUGUCAAGAUGCAUAUUAAAGUGCUCUUUUAAUCCAAUCAAUAAACAUUUGAAUUAUUUCCUAAAUCUGACAUUUUGUCAUAAAAAUAUUGCAUUUGUAUAUUUUUUGCCUGCUUAAUAAUAAAAUAGCAAUCAAAUUUCCCGCAUUUUACUAUAGGUCAGAUGAGGGCAACAUACCAAUUUUUUUUUGUUUAGGCUGUAACACAGUUAUCUGUUUCUGGCUUGUCCGCUAUAGAAGAAUGAACUUUCUCCACUCCCAGGGGAGCAUUUUAGAAAAGAGCUAUUGUGCUUGAAUUGCUAUUAAAGAGAAAUUCCAGUAGUUGCAGUAAACACUGAUUUCAUGAGAAAGUCUGUAAAAACAGGCUUAAUUGUCAGUAUAUCAUCGAGGAUCUAGAUCUGGUACAGUUACAUAAACUGAACUUUGUGAAAUCUUGAAAUCUACGCUGAAAAAUGUUCAGACGGAACUUCCCCAACACAGAUAAGCGCACAUGGGACAGUGUAUAAUUAUUGCUUUGAGCGUCGGGCCCGACGCUCUACCCGAAUCCUGUGCUUAUUUGCUGAUUUCUCAGCAAUUACACAAUUUAUUCCAGAAUCCUUUGGCACAUGCGUUUUAUUUAUACAAACAGACACUUUGGUGGUAAUUUCAUUGGAUUCUGUACGAACUCAUUUUGAUAUCGUUACCAAAACUAGCAUUUACCUUUAAAGCGUAAUGGGCUUUUGCAACCUUUCAGGAACCCAUUCAUCACCUGGUUGGAGAGUGGCAAAGAGUUGUAAGUUACUUCUUCCCAAAGGACACUAGUGCUGCUGCAAAUCAUGCAUAACUGUCCAAAGGAAAAGUGGAGUUAGUGCCUUAUAGAAAUAACCUCUUCAGGUGGAAAUCUGAUAGCCAUUGUUCUGUUAAACUCCGGGUUAAAAACGACCACACUUUUAUGGAGUUGCAGUUGUCGACUCAUUCUCAAGUAAAAAAAAAAUCAUUCUAAAUUUGCUUCAUAACGGUUGCCAAAGAAUUAAUGUAUGUGAAAUGAGAAAAUACAACAAUAGGAUAAUACAAAAUUAUAAUGACUUUCAAUGAAUUUGUACAUUAUCUUUGCCAUGAAUAUAGAAAAAGUAUGGUUAUGAAACUUAGCAUUCCAUAUAAGUGUGGUCUAAGAUUCUAGUUAAGACUCUGGUUAAACCGAGGUUUAAUUAUCAGAAUUCCACCUUUAAAAGUUUUUGUUUAUGCCUGUAUUUGUAUCUCCAAUAUGAUGACAUCCAGCUUGAUGGAGUGGAUUUUGAUAAAAAUCUAUCGAGAAAUAAUACUCUGCUUUAGAUACUGAAUUUUAAUUUGUAUAUAUUUCUUAUUUUGUAUAAUUUGUCAUUAGCUCAAAUUAUUUAGAAUACUGUUAUAUCCAGCUUUAAUUUCAGACUUGUGGUAUAGAAACAUUCCUGAUAUAGCUUUAUCAUCUCUGCCGGCAUAUUUUUAUCGCAAUGCAAUGUCUUAUUAGUUGUUGUUUUGUUUUUGUUUUGGGUGUUGUGGUUAAUUUAUACUGCAUUUAUCAUCCAGCUUUUUGAUAUUCAAGACUUUAAAAUAUCAUCUAGCUUUUGUUUUCCUUUUCCUUUUCUUCCAUUUUUUUUCAUUUAAUUAAAAGGGAGGCUUGAAAGAGAAUAACACGAAAUUGCAUGCAUUUUAAAAGAAGCAGAAAUUUUGUCAAUGAAAAACAUUUAAAAUGAAAGGUUUACCCCCCCCC